AUGAACGGACAGGCGUCCCCUGUGUUCGAGGACAAGAAGCCCUCCAUCUCCGGCACGAAGGCGUCGCCCACCCUGCCGGAGUCGUCCUCCACGGACAUGGGCUUCUACAGCGGCGGCUCGCAGGACUUCUACCCGGCGCAGCAGCACCAGUACGCGGCGCAGCACGUGAGCCCGUACGGGUACCACCACCACUUCGGCCUGGGGGGGGGGUCGUACCCGGGGGGCAAGGCCGAGUACCCGUACCCGCACGGUGCGUACCGGGAGCACGGAGCCUUCAGCCGGGACGUGCACGAGACAGUGAAAGAAGAGCCGGACAUGGAGGUGCGGAUGGUCAACGGGAAGCCCAAGAAGAUUCGCAAGCCGCGGACCAUCUACUCCAGCUACCAGCUGGCCGUGCUGCAGAGGCGGUUCCAGACGGCUCAGUACCUGGCGCUGCCCGAACGGGCCGAGCUGGCGGCUCAGAUGGGCCUGACCCAGACGCAGGUGAAGAUCUGGUUCCAGAACCGUCGCUCCAAAUUCAAGAAGCUCUACAAGAACGGAGAGUUCCCACUCGGGGAGAUCGCUCUGGAACACAGUCCAGACGCCAGCGACUCCAUGGCGUGCAACUCCCCCCCGUCCCCGGCUGUGUGGGAGAGCAGCAGCAACACAAACAACAGCAACAACAACACAAACAGCAGCAGCAACACAAACAGCGGCAUCAAGAGUAACGCACUGCUGGAGCCGACCAGCAGGGGGCAGGCUCCCUACCCGCCCCCCCCUGUGGAGUCCUCGCCCACCUACAUGGGGGAGUUCUCCCAUCAGAACUGGUACCAGCAGCAGGGCGCCCACCUGGGUCUGCUGGCGCCAACGCACCACACGCCCUCCACGGCGGCGAACACCACACAGAGCAUGGGCGCCGUGUACUGA